UUUUUUUUAAUGAAUAUUAUUCUUUUUGUCCAUAUAGAUGGAUAUUCACCACAUGUACACCUGUCCUCACAGUAGUCCAAAGAGAGUCUUAGAACCCACAAGCUUGGAAUAAUGAACAGUUGUGGUAUUCCCUCAUAUAAGUACAGACAAUUGAAACCAUCUAUAUGAAAGACCAGCAUUUUUCUUGCAAGGUGAUAUCCUGUUCAAAGCAUUCAGAAACAAUAGAGAAUACAGUGACAUAUAACGAUGUGCAUGUUGACAUCACACAUGAAGAAUGGGCUUUAUUGGAUCCUUCACAAAGGAAUCUCUACAAAGAUGUGAUGCUGGAGACAUAUAUGAACCUCAAUGCUAUAGGGAUCUUCGAUUGCAUGAAAGAACACAUACUGGAGAGAAACCCUAUGAAUGUAAUCAAUGUGGUAAAGCCUUUGCUUUUCACUCUGCUUUUGCUCAAAACAGUCUUCUUCAAAGGCAUGAAAGGACACAUACUGGAGAGAAACCCUAUGCAUGUAGUCAGUGUGGUAAAGCCUUUGCUCAUCACUAUUAUCUUCAAUUGCAUGAAAGAACACAUACUGGAGAGAAACCCUAUGAAUGUAAUCAGUGUGGUAAAGCCUUUGCUCAUCACUGUUCUCUUCAGUGGCAUGAAAGAACAC